AGACCCUGAAACAACAUCAGCCGAGUCAGUACCUAGAGAUGGAUCCACUCCACUGGGAGCCCACAGCCUGACGGAGGCCACAGCCUGACGGAGGCCACUGCCUGACGGAGCCCACUGCCCGACGGAGGCCACAGCCCGACGGAGGCCACAGCCUGACGGAGGCGGAGGCCACUGCCCAACGGAGGCCACAGCCCGAUGGAGGCCACAGCCCGAUGGAGGCCACAGCCCGACGGAGGCCACAGCCCGAUGGAGGCCACAGCCCGAUGGAGGCCACAGCCCGACGGAGCCCACAGCCCGACGGAGGCCACAGCCCGAUGGAGGCCACAGCCCGACGGAGGCCACAGCCCGACGGAGCCCACUGCCCGACGGAGCCCACUGCCCGACGGAGCCCACAGCCCGACGGAGCAAACUGCCCGACGGAGCCCACAGCCCGACGGAGCAAACUGCCCGACGGAGCAAACAGCCCGACGGAGCAAACUGCCCGACGGAGCAAACAGCCCGACGGAGCAAACUGCCCGACGGAGGCCACUGCCAGGCAGAGGCCACGGCCUGACGAAGCCCACAGCCCGACGGAGCCCACAGCCCGACGGAGCAAACUGCCCGACGGAGCAAACAGCCCGACGGAGCAAACUGCCCGACGAAGCCCACAGCCCGACGGAGCAAACUGCCCGACGGAGCAAACAGCCCGACGGAGCAAACUGCCCGACGGAGGCCACUGCCAGACGGAGGCCACGGCCUGACGAAGCCCACAGCCCGACGGAGCCCACAGCCCGACGGAGCAAACUGCCCGACGGAGCAAACAGCCCGACGGAGCAAACUGCCCGACGGAGCCCACAGCCCGACGGAGCAAACAGCCCGACGGAGCAAACAGCCCGACGGAGCAAACUGCCCGACGGAGGCCACUGCCCGACGGAGCAAACUGCCCGACGGAGACUCACAUUUCAAACCAGUCCUCCAUUUAUUAUGGGAUCCACUGGGAGGACAGACCUACUGGGAAUUCUGGUCCAUCGUUAUUUGACUAAAAAUGUUGUGAUAUUCAGGACUGAUCUUAGUUGUUAUAAUUUUCAGUUUACUUUCUUUAUCCACAAAACGUCAUGUUUAAAGUAUUAUAAAGAUAUAAUAAAUGUAUUAUUACUAAGACCUGAAGAUUAAUUUGACCUUUUAUUUUUUUUUUAUUCGGCCUCCUUUUUAAAUCUGCCUACAUGUAUUUAUUUCUGGAUUGUUUUCCAUAGUAUUUUUAAAUUAACAUUUAUCUUAAUCAGUUACAUCAGUUUGUAAAAUGUUUUAUUUUAUAAAUAAAACAGGCCUGGAUGGGGAGCUAUCGGUCCUUUGCUAAUGGAUCGUUAACCGUUAGCUUGCAGCGUGCUAACGGUUAGCGAACACCUUGCUAGCCAUUAGCACGCUGUUUGCUAAAGGUUAGCUCAAAGAUUACUCAAUAAAUAUCAGAUUUAAUACUUUUUUGGCGUUUUUGGAUAUGCCUGUCUCCGUUUUCAUUCUAGUCAUGAAAUAAAACGUUUUUAAAUAAUUUUAGCCGUAUGUUGUGUCCGUCUGCUCUGGAAUAAAUCACCAGUAAACCAUCA